AUGGCGGGUCCCAGCCCCACACUGGCCAGGACUUUGGUUAUGGCAGCUGACACAGGAGCCCGCACCUGCACCCAGCACUGCACCUGCCUACCAGAAACCCUCAUGCAGGACAGUUAUAGCUAUGGACAGUUGAUGGCCACCAGCAGGUAUGAGGACAGACGGUACGCCCUGCCUUGGUCCCCGGCCUCUGACACACUCUUCCGGCCAUGGACCAAAGGAGGCUAUGGGCAGCCCAGCGGUGGCCACAGCCAAACCCAGCCCCUGCGACAGGCACCCACAGCAAUGGUUGGGCAGCUGGUGAGCGCCUCAUCCUCAGGACACACAUACCCCAUGGCGACAAGUGUCCAGCCUGACACCUUUGUUUCCACCCUGGCCUCCUUGUACACCCCCAUCUGUGCCCAGUACGCUGAUGUAGCCCCCACCUUCCCUGGGACCCCCCAGCAGCAGCCCUCCCUGCGGCCAAUGUCCCCCGUGAGCUCAGCACUGUGGAGCAGCUCGGGAGGCAGCCCCAGGGCCCACUCUGCUGGCAGCUUCCCUAGGAAGCCACCAUUUACCAGCAAGCUGCCGAAGCCCAAGAGGGGCCCUCGCACCCAGCUUCGCUACUGCGACAUCUGCGAGACCAGCUGUGCAAGUCUCCAGACCUACCGGGAGCAUCUGGAAGGACAGUAGCACAGAAAGAAGAAGGUGGCUCAGAAGACAGGCAUCCAGCCUGAUGGUGGGCUGCAUGGAUUGGCCCAGUUGCACUGCGACCUGUGUGCUAUGUCCUUCACUGGGGCUGACGCCUACAUGGCCCACAGCCAGGGCCCCGAGCACCAGAAGGUCAUCAAAUUGGAGAAGCCCAUUCCCACCAUCGAACCUGUGCCAAGGAACUCCAGCCUGGAAUGCACCCCUGCACCAGCAAGCCAGCCCCCUGGCCACAAAGAGCACCCCAGAGGUCUCAGCCCAGCCCACAGCCCCCAUCGGCCCCAGUAUGAACACCCCAAAUGGGCGAGCUCUGGCCAAGAGACCAGCAGUCUCGUGGGCCCUGAGCGUGGGCAGUAUGACGUGCGCUGCAGGCAGCUGGAGGAGCCGCAGCUCCAGGACCAGCGGCAGCAGCAGCAGUGCCCGGCUGAGUUCAGCGAUGACCAGCAUGUCAUGUGUAGGCACGCCACCAUCUACCCCAUGGAGCAGGAGCUCCUGGCCGUCCAGAAGGCUGUGUCCCACGUGGAGCCGUUCCCCAAGCUGGUGUCCAACAAGCCGGUCCAGGAGAACUGCAGAAACCAGGAGGAAGAGGGCAGUGAGCCCAGAGGCGCAUCCAAAACUGGAGUUUGUGAAGGAUUCAGCAUCCCUGUAAACCUCAGUUUUCUCACCUGCAAAAGGAAGCUCAGUGAGUGGCGUGUCCCCUUAGCCUGGAUCCUGAAGGGCAUCAUGGAAAUCGGCAUCCUGGCAAAAGGCCUCCUGCUGUGGGGGGACAGGAAUGUGCACCUGGCCCUGCUGUGCUCCCAGAAGCCCACACACACCUGCUUGCGUAAUGUGGCCUCAUGUUGCAUUCACACCCCCUAAAUGGUGACUGAGGACAAGUACAAGGUCUCCUCUGACCCUGAAGCCAACAUUAUCAUCUCUUCCCGCAAGGACUUGGUGCAGUUCACCUUGUCCAUCACCUCGCCCCUAAUGCGAGAGGACCCCUCCAUGGACCAAGGAAUGGAGGAACCUCAUCCCGAUCCCAGAGAUGUCCUGAGCCUAGAGAAGUGCCUCAAGUCCCUGGCCGCCUUCCACCAUGCCAAGUGGUUCUAGGCACGAGCCAGCGGCCUGCAGCUGUGUGAGACUUUCCUCAGGGUCCUCCAGGACCUCUGGCAGUGUGUGCCCACCUGGGGGGCCCUGCUGGCCUAGGCCAUGAAGCUGCUGGUGGAGAAGGCCCUGAGCAACACAACUGGCCCCCUGAGCCCCAGGGACGCUGUGAGGUGCGUCCUGGAGUGUGUGGCCACAGGGAUGCUCCUGACAGACGGGCCCAGGCUCCAGGAUCCCUGUGAGAGAGACCAGAUUGAUGCCCUCGAGCCCAUGACCCUCCAGGAGCAGGAGGACGUUACAGCCAGCACCCAGCAUGACCAGCACAUGCUGGCCUUCUGGCAGGUCCACAGGAUCCUGGGCAUGGGCCCCCUGCCACCGUCCAGGAGCAGGCCUGUGGCCCACUUCCAGAAGAGGCAGCGGAAGUUGGGCGAGGCUGAGGAGGUCACGGGGGAGAGCAGGCAGGCACAUUACCUGUCUGAAACAGGAAACAGCUACCUGGGGCCUGACUGCUUAGACCCCUGAGGUGGGAGAGCUGUUCUUCCCUGCCAUGGGGCCCCUUCCUGGCGGAGUGGGCACCCCUACAACACUGACAGGCAGAGCCAGCCCCUCAGCUGGUGCCAGCCACAGCCACAGACUGGGCACAGGGAUGGAUGCAGGUCCCUCUGCCCCGCCUCCUCCCCUGCACGGCCUCUCUCCUGCUCUCCCCGGUUCUCUGCACCUCAUGCAGGGGAGCUCCCCAAAUUCCCUAAACCCUCAGCCCCCGCACAUGGCCACUCACCCAGCAGCUGCCCAGGCUGGCCCCCGCCACCACCACCAGGGAGUCCUCCCGGAUCCCUUUGCAGUUGCAGCUGAUCCAUCUAGAAAUCCUG